CUUUAUGCGAUAGUUAGGCGAUAAUUUUGGGUGGAAACCCUAAACUCUUCUUCUUGAAAGUGGAAAGUGGAACAUUCACUACGAAAACGUAAACAAUGAUGACGGGAAACUUUUGAAAAUGGAAGGCGACAAAGCAAUAGUCAAUAAUACGCGAACUGCCGGUGGCAAACUGAGGUGGACUAAGCAGAUGGAGGUCCUGCUCAUCGACAUUUGGCAGGAGAACAUCGAGGAGUUGCGCGGAGCCAGAAAAAAUGUCCAUAUAUACAUGGAGAUGGCCCAGACGCUAAUGGAAGCUGGGUUUGAUGUGUCCUACAAGGACGUCCGAACGAAAAUAGAGAACCUGACCAAAAAGUACAGGCAGGAAAAAAAUAAAAUGGGGCCAAGCGGUGGCGCUCCUUCCUCGUGGCAGCAUUAUGAGUUGAUCCACUCGUUUUUAGGCGCAUACCGCUUCCACAACAUGGAGCAGAACACCUUGGAGAACGAGAGUACUAGGGAAUACUUUGAUGAGCUCUUGGAUGUCGGCCCAGAUGACAGGGAAGCCUCUACCUGCAGCGGCAGUCAACGCUCAGGCAGCACUGCGCCCCCUGCUAAGCGCGCAGGAGAUAGCUCGAGAAAGACUGGAGGAGCAGAGGGCGCAGACAGAAAUAUUGUCGAGAAUGGCAGACAGCCAGGCAAAAUUCCAAUCUGAUUUGUUGGAGCUGUUAAGAAAAUCAACGAAUUCUUAAUA